GGUUGAGUUGCUUGUGCUGGUCUGGGGCAAGGAAGAGAGGUAGCAGGCUCAACCUUGUACCCCUCCAUGGGACGGGCCAAGUGGCCAAGAAGAUGGCAGCUUGGGCAUCGGAACCACCUCCCGGGCAGCCAAUGAGCACAGGGUGAAGCCUGAGCGCUCAAAUGGCCAACACCACCGAGCUGAACGCCUCAGAAGUCGCAGGCUCGGUCGGAUUGAUCCUGGCGGCCGUCGUGGAAGUGGGGGCACUGCUGGGCAACGGCGCACUGCUGGUUGUGGUGCUGCGUACACCAGGACUGCGCGACGCGUUCUACCUGGUGCACUUGUGCGUGGUGGACCUGCUAGCGGCCGCCUCCAUCAUGCCCCUGGGCCUGCUGGCCGCGCCACCGCCCGGGCUGGGCCGCGUGCGGCUGGGCCCCGCGCCGUGCGGAGCUGCGCGCUUCCUCUCCGCUGCGCUGCUACCCGCCUGCACGCUCGGCGUGGCCGCACUUGGCCUAGCUCGCUACCGCCUCAUAGUGCACCCGCUGCGGCCAGUUUCGCGGCCGCCGCCUGUGCUGGUGCUCACCGCUGUGUGGGCCACCGCCGGGUUGCUGGGCGCCCUCUCCUUGCUCGGGCCGCCGCCCGCACCGCCCCCUGAGCCGGCUCGCUGCUCAGUCCUGGCCGGGGGUCUUGGGCCCUUCCGACCGCUGUGGGCACUGCUGGCCUUCGCGCUGCCCGCGCUCCUACUUCUCGGUGCUUAUGGCAGCAUCUUCGUUGUGGCGCGCCGCGCUGCCCUCCGCCCCCCGCGGCCAGCCGGCGGGGCCCGUCUACGCUCCGACUCCCUGGAUAGCCGCCUCUCCAUCUUGCCGCCCCUCCCGCCUCGCUUGCCCGGGGGCAAAGCGGCCCUGGCCCCAGUGCUGGCGGUGGGCCAAUUUGCAGCCUGCUGGCUGCCCUAUGGCUGCGCGUGCCUGGCGCCGGCAGCGCGGGCCGCAAAGGCAGAGGCAGCUGUCACCUGGGUAGCCUACUCGGCCUUCGCGGCUCACCCCCUCCUGUAUGGCCUGCUGCAACGCCCGGUGCGCUUGACUUUGGGCCGCCUCACCCGCCGCGCAAUGUCUAGGUCUCCGUGGGCUUGUACUACACAGGCCUGGCACCCGCGGGCACUCUUGCAUUGCCUCCAGGGACCCCCAGACGGCCCUGCCUUAGGCCCUUCUGGGGCACCAGAACAGGCCCCCCGAGUUGGCAGUAGGGCAGAGCCUAAAUAUGCCCAGGGCCACCUGACAGCCACCCUUUUUCCUUCGUGAGCUUGAGAAAGUAAGGCGGUUAUCAGUGGCGGAGCCCAUCCCGCCCCCUGAACAGAGGCAACGGGUGCCUGCCAGGGCUUCUGGCUCUGGAACACGAAAAAGGGUGCCUGCAGCCUGGUGAGGCCCAGAGACUUCUGAGAGCCAGGAAUCCUGGGUUCUGGGCUAAACAUGGCAUGGCCUUGUGCAUAGACCUACCCUUCCUUAGGCUUCGGUUUUCCUGUCUGUAUAUUGCACCAUCUCUAAUGGGCCCUCCCAUCAUAAAUGGUUUGUGAAACUCGUGGACGGUCUACAGGCCAAGGGAAGAGAGAAAGUGGGCAGGGUCACAGAGAAGAGAACCCUAAAGGCUCACAAAGAAAUGGCCAAGUAGGGCAGGGUCUGGGUUACAACCACAGCAGGAGGAACCAAAAAGACUCUGAAGGACUUCUCUGGCAUCUGUACCAACUAGAAGCUGGACAAGGCUACUAAAACUCCUCUAUCUGCUUCUAA